AGCAGAGACUUGCUCUUGAGAGGACCGGGCUGCCCAAGAGAGAAAGGAGCUGGGCGGGGCGGCCCGCGCGCACCGGGAGAGAGAAGGGGACAGCGGGUUCCCGGGAGGAGGCUCCAGGGGCUACCUGGGUGUGAAAGGCAGGGGACAGCCUACCCCUUCCCCGGCCCCGGGACACCUGGCCAGAGGAGACAAUCGCUACAAGCUCAAUGGUCCUGCAUUUUCACAACAUGGAGCCUUUGCACCUGCUGCCAACCUCUGCUUCGUUCCUUUUGGAACCAGCUCAGGUGCCCUCACCUCCGGAAGCCACAGCGGUCUCUGACUCAGCCAGAAUGUCCCGUGUGCGGGCAGUGCUGUGCAGGAGAAACCUCACUAAACACUGGCUGAGAUGAGAAAACCAACGAUCACAGAGGCUGGUGACUUGCUGAAGACCACACAGCCAAUAAAUGGCAGAAGCAGGAUUGGAACGUGCCCACAGGAUGGAAGUCGAAUACCUGAAGAAGUGCUUUGGGACUUUGCUUGCCCAGGGACUGGCAGAGGUGGCGAAGGUUCGGCCCAGUGACCCCAUAGAGUACCUGGCUCAUUGGCUUCAUCAUAACAAGAAAAUCAUUGAAGUUCAGGAAGAGGGCAGGCAGGAGAAGAUCCAGCUGAAGGAGGAAUAUGAUAAUAGUCUCAAGGAAACCCGAAUGACAGAAAUGCUGAAGCAAGAAGAGUAUCAGAUUCAACAGGAGUUUGAAAAGUGUCACCAGCUACUAAUGUCCGGAGCUGUUUCUACAAAGGAGACCAUGUUCAUGCAGGAGAGCAUAAAACCUCUUGAAAAUGAGGCCUUGAAGAAGGAUGGCCUGCCAGGUACCUCGAGUGUGACUCCAGAAAUGCCUCAACAGAUUCCUUCCUCUGAUCCACCUGGCCAGAUUCCACCAGAAAUAAAUUACUAGGCUUUUUAGCAUGAAGUGCUCCCAAGAUGCAUCAUGGCUCUCAAUCUCCAUCUUAGGUUAUCAGAAGGAAGAUAAUUCUAAUGAUGCUUCUCUCAAGGCUGAAGGCCAAGAACAUGGCCAUACAGGAGAGCUCUUACCUAAAGAUGAUCAUAUGUAGAUUAAAUCCAGAUUUGAGGUGUCUGUGGGGACUCUCAAGUCCAAGUCCUGUUCUAUAGCCAUGAAUAUCCCUUAAUCAUGUGAAAAUUUGAACUAGUUAUAGGAUAAAAUAAACUCACAAUAAUGAUUGAGAUUAAUCCAACUGAUGAGCUGUUUUUUUUUCGUGUUAUCAU